UAUCUCGUACAAGCAGAAGCCUCCUGCCUUGAAAAUUUUCCAAAACAACUUCUCUGCCAAAAUAUUUUGUUUUGCUCUUAGAAUCAAGAUGGGUGUCUUUCCAAAGAUAUGGAUAAAUAUUUUACUUCUGGUUUUUGUUUCAUUUCUGUCGUGGGUUUAUACCGAGGAAUGCUUUAAAUUCCUAAAGAAACAGGAGAAUUAUGUUCUAUUUAAUGUAACAGACGCCAAUCUCUCAGAAAGUGCCGAGUUCAGUUUGACGUUUCGGACAAGCAAACCAGACGGAAUGAUAUUCUACAUAGAAGGCAUGUAUUCUAAAGAAGCCCCGUAUGAUUUUGAGAGUGUGUACCUCCGGGACGGAAAGCUGAAUUAUUUAGUGUUUAAUCCGGACUCUACGGGAAUCGGACGUUCGUAUGGAAGUCACGUGAUGACUGACUUUGACGUAAACACAAACGAGGAUAUUCAGGUCAAUUUCUUCCGGAGAAAGGAAUCGCCUGCAACUAGCCAUGAUCUAGGCAUGCUUGCUCAUCUCGCGAGAGAAAACGAGACAGCAAUUAGGACAGUCUUCCGGUCUGGAUUUGUUGUUAACGGAAAAGAAUUCACCACACUUUCUGGGACCUUUCCUCUUGACCUGAAAGAUAAUCAGGACGAACAAUACAUCUGGAUUGGAGGAGCGUUUCCAAGUCGGAAAAUGGAACACUUUGAUGGGAUAAUUAGAGAUAUUGUCAAUAUCGAAUUGAACCAGGUGUUGGACUCUCCUGACGGGCGGAGUCUCUACCUGUCGUGUGAAGAAGCAGAUUCUAACGAAACAGAGUGACAAACGGUUUCCUGUUUCAGCUGAGAGACAGUAUAUCUUUUGGACCUUACGAAUGAUUUAAAAUAAAUUUAUGGAGUUGUUUCUCAAUGGACAGUGUUGAAAAUGAUGUUUUGUAUUUGUGACAUAUUUAUAGCAAGGUUUUUGAAGAAUUUCUUUUUUAAAUUAAAAAAAGAAAGAAACUGUAGUACAUAUUUUCUUAAUUUAUUUGUAGUUUAUGUAAGAUGUAACUUGGGCUAUUUUCUUUUAAUUGGAUAAGCAUGUUGUUAUGUGCAUCUAUUUUGAUAAGAGUUCAAUAAAGAAUAUAUAUUUACAUCAACUGAA